AUGAGAAAUCGGGUCAUGGUGAGGAUCGCCCACCCCGCGGAACGCCCGCGCCCCAGCCAAUCAGAAGCUGCCCGCUCACAAUCGGAUUCCGCAUUGUGCGCGGAACUCUCCGCGGGGCGCGUUCUAGUAAGCGAGGCGCUUCUGCUGCAAGCGGAGGGGGAGGCGGGCGAAAGCAGGGGACGCCGACGCUGGCCUCAUUUUCUGCCCUUUGGAAGAUCAGCAUUUUCCCUUUCUGAAAGGAAGGUAGAGGAGUCCGCCGUCGCGCAAGUUGCGCGGCGGUUGGAAGAAGACGCUUGCGAGAUCCUGUCCCGCAGAAGAAGGGAGGUAGCGCUGCGGCUGGUGCCCGGAGGAAAGUGA